AUGGUGGCUGCGGUAUCGGAGAGGCAACCGCCUCGUUUGCCAGCGGGAAAGGGGGGCGGAGGAGGAGGAGGAGGAGCAGGGGUGGAUCUCCCGAUGAGGAUGUGUGGAAGAGGUGAACGAGGAGCGUCAUCCUUGUGGUGCGUCUAUCUGAUCGUGUCGUCCCGUAUAUCCAGGACUUACAUCGGCGUGACCAACAACUUUCCCCGCCGGUGAGCUAUGGCGAUUCAUUUUCUUCGGAAAAGAUUUUAUUGCCAACUAGUUGAUUGAUUUCUUGCAAAGAGUUUUCACCGGACUGGAUGGAACUCAGUUUUCUUAUCUCCAUGACCGCCUGGUUCAGGGCCGAAUUUUCCCCUUUCUUCUUCGCCGCAUGGCUAUAAAAUUGGUUGAAGUAAGGGUUGGCACGCCUACGACAUGAUCGCUUUGAGAAUGAGAAUAAAAUUUUCUUCAACGGAUAUUAUGUCCUGCUAUCCAGUGUUGCGAAUCCACAAUACUGAUUCGAUUAGUGUUUCUUCCUUGCAAGUACUGAGCAAGCUCGGGUGCUGAGCUCUGAGGGGUACCCCAGUUUCCCUUUGAAUCAUCUCGAUUAUCUCAUUCUCUUCUUGUUGCUGGAAGAAACGUCGAAUUUGUGCUACGAAUUUCAGCUCUUUCCCAGAAUGUCAGGUCUGAUAGGAGGGGGAUUCAUUUCAAUCUAUUUCUUGAUGUGGCAACAAAACCUCUUCACGAUAUCUUUUCAAAUCCACACACUCCCCCACCCCCUCUCGUCUAUAAGCACACACACACACUUAAACACAGAGAGAAAGGAAGGGCAACAGCUUCAAUUGGUGAACAAAAAAUGUGAACCUGAACUGUUCGAGAUAGAAAAAAGGGAAUGAGAUUCUCCUCAAGUAAUGAAAGAUGUUAUCCUUAAAUCUUGGCCCGUUAAUUUUUGAGGGAACGAUGAAACCUACCAGGGAUUUUGCGCCAGUAAGAUGUUUCCUAAGGCUUUAUGAUUUCUGGGAAAGCAUAUGGUUGAUUGAAAGAAGCCAGGAAAUGGAGAAUCCUGCGAAGAAAAUAGUAAAUUUGUACAGAAAAGUUGAUUUUGGAAGUGCUGUAAGAGAAGGCUGUAUUUCAGAAUCGGAAGAGCAGAAUCUUCAGAUGGGAUAAAGAAAGAAGACCUGAACUAGGGGAAAAAAAGGAUUUGCUAGAGAAAAUGGACAAGAUCUUCCUGUAUGAGACAAAGACCGCUGUUAAAGCUUGCAGGACAGGUGGUUAUAUGAAGAGGCGUCCAUACAGCCGGCCUUCAUGGAUCACCACAGAGGUUUCUUCAUAGGACAAGACCAAUGGAGGGAAGCACGUUGGAUUCUGACCCCCCUAACAAUGGCUUAGAGGAUGAGGAGUUGACCCAACCGUUGAAUGAGGCACUGAAGAAGAAUUUCUUUGGAAUGGAUCCAGCCCUUGAUAACAUUUUUGUGAGAUCCAGCCUUGAUCAUCAUAGAUUUGGUGACUGUGAUAAAUGACUCUGAUUAUUGGUCAUCAAAAGCAGUGCCCUUAGCACAUUUCACCCCGUCCUUGUUCCUCUGUCAGAUAACACUUGGCAGCCUGUCAAGAAUAAUCGUGUGACAGAGGUUGUAUAUGUCUGCCUUACUUCCCAUAAAUGUUUGGUUGUUAAGUCCCUACUGUGGAUGGGUAGGUAAAACUUUUUCUGGGCACCCUGAAAUUCCGAAAUCCAUUGAGAAGAAACUCGGGUUGUUAAUUAAGUAGAAUCUAAUGAAAAUUCUUGUGAGUUCUGAAUCUUUUUCUAGUGAGAAAACAUUUUCUAUCUUGUUUCUUUCUCAGUCUGAAGCAACACAAUGGCGAGCUGAAAGGCGGAGCCAAAGCAUCUAGAGCUGGCAGACCCUGGAUCUGUGCAUGUAUCGUGCAGGGGUUCAAGGACAAAUAUGGAGGUAUGCGACUAUAUUUUGAUCAGCUUUUUGCCACUUAUAGACGACCGUAUUAAGUAUUAUCUUCAAUUGUUAAAGAAGAGGGUACAGUUAUUUUUGAUGGCUUCAAUUAGAGGCCAGAUGAUCACAUUCAUAUUUUUCAUCCUUCUACAGCUUUUCGAUUGGAAGCCAGGUGGAAGGAGGCUUCUCGGAGUUCUCCGAGGAAAAAUGGGAAGGAUGAGAAUGCCCAGAAUAGGCUUCUUCUGCACCGUGAGGCGGCUUUGAGCAGAGCAAAGGAUUCACUUGGCGGCUGCCACUUGCGGGUUGAUUGGAUGGCCGGCCCUUCCCAACAACAUGGCUCUUCCCCCAGUUAG